AUGAUCUCCUCCUUUGAAGAAGAGGUGAGUCGUGGAGUGCAUUGGACGCGAUACCGUCUUAUGAAAAAUAGGAGAGAGCAACUCGCGAAGGAGAGUGCAGCUCGCGAAGGAGAGUGCAGCUCGCGAAGGACAGAGCAACUCGCGAAGGACAGAGCAACUCGUGAAGGAGAGUCGACUGCAAGCGAGGCAAAGGGGGUUUCGCGAGGAAUGCGUCGGAAACCAAGUCCAACCACAUCGGAGCCAAGUUUCAUCGGGCAUAUCUCACACCUGGCGAUAGCAAGCUGGAAUACGGACUGUGCUGUGGGGAACAAAGCAGGACAGAUGGAUGGCGUCCAGACCUGUUGUAGCUUUGCUCCGGGGCUGGACGUCAAGGAUAGUUCGAGGAGUUCGGCCAAGUUGAAGAAGCUGUCGUUGUCAAGGACCGCGAUACUGUGGUGGCUCCGGAGACGUUGGAAGCUGCAGCUGCUGCUGGUUUCAUCAAGUGAUUGCAAUACUGAGCCGAUAGUCCCUCUAAGAAGCCGGCAUUCAGCCAAGGCUUCGUUGCUUCUCUCUUUGCAGGAGCAAGAGGCCGAGGCUGCAAUCAAUGCCAUGAACAACAUCGAGUUAGAUGGUCGCACUAUCAGAGUCGACAAGGCCAGAGUGGCGUGUGCCAUCCAAGAGGCUGAGGCUGCAAUCAAUGCCAUGAACAACAUCGAGCCAGAGUGGCGUGUGUGGUUGCUACUGCCGCGACAAGAACAGGAACGACAAAAGACGGCCGAGGCAGCCAUCAAUGCCAUGAACAACAUCGAUACAGGGACAGCAGAGAUUGAUAAUACGGAGCUAUUGCUGACCGGCAAAGAAUUAGAGGAUCCGAUUGCCAAGCAAUCUCUGAGUAGCGACGAUAUCGAUAACACUGCUGUCGAGAGAGCUGAUAUCCAAUCCUUGGUUUUGGACGAUGGCCUGCAAACCAAGCUUUCCCAGACCGAAUCUGUACGGUCGGGUUGGCAACCUUCCCUUGAAGCACCUCGUUACCCACAAUCAACAAUGCCGUACACAAGUUACUACCAUAGUACUACUGCCAACAAUCUUUGCAUUGGACCAAUGUUGAAACGAUCUUUUCUAGGAAAGCUUUUCCGCGUGGAAAAGUUGAAUAUGCAGGUUCCGUUUUCAAGAUAUUUUUCCAAUACGAUCCGAAUCAACAAGGCCAAUUCCGAGAAAAAGCCGGCAUUGAGACAAAGCAGCAUGAAGAUGCGUUUGUCAGACCAUGAAUCAUCAACUUCCGACGCGCAUUUCAAUCUCGACAACUCCGCACAAGGAUCCGAGUUCAUCGAUCGACUCGCGAUCGAUGAAGACACUCUGAACACCAUCCAACAUGGUGGUCGACGUCUGAUAGUGGAGUCGAUAGUGUCGUUGCCACUUUGCUCGAUCCCGGAACGAGUUGGACUUGUGAGGUAA